AUGGCGGUUGCGCUUUUCGGGAGCAACUGGAAGGUGGUCGCGGACAACGUGGCGGCGGCGUGCCCUCUCCUGCCGCCUCGCAGUCCGAAAAAGUGCCGCGAUCGCUGGGUUGGCUACUUGCGUCCAGACAUCAACUGGGGCGAGUUUACGGGCGAUGAGUCUGCGAUGCUCCAGCAGCUCGUCUUGACUCCAGGUGUGCGCUGGGUCGACAUUAUCGAGAUCUACAUGCCGACGCGCACUGUCGCACUGCUCAAGAAACAGUGCAAGAAACUCAAGCUGCGCUGCUGCAUGUCGCCCGGCCGCCGCCGUUCGUUCUAA